AUGUGCUUUGGAAGGAAACCCGCCGACCCGGAAUUCCGGAAGAACGAGGACAUUGAGAAGGCCCUCCGCAAUGACAGAAAGCGGGCAGAGCGCGAGGUGAAGCUGCUGCUGCUCGGUGCCGGAGAGAGCGGCAAGUCGACGGUGCUCAAGCAGAUGCGCAUCAUCAAUGCCGGCGGAUUCGGAAAGUCGGAACGCAAGACAUGGCGAGCUACCAUCUUCAACAAUCUGGUCUCGGCCUUCCAGACAAUUUACGCCGCCAUGCAGGAAGACGACACCGACUUUGAGGACGAGGACAACAUCGUAGGCCGCAUAGCUCUAUAUUCAGAGCUCGUCAACUUGGCGCCAGACAUUGGCACAGAAGAGCCACUGCCCGACGAGUUCCUCACUGCGUUCAACUCCCUGUGGGCGGACAAGGGCGUGCAGCUGACAAUCCUCAAGGGCAACCAGUAUGCCUUACACGAUAACCUGAGCUACUUCUUCCAAGACAUCGAGCGACUCUUCAGCAGAGACUUCCUUCCCACAGACCAAGAUAUCCUGCGCACACGAUUGCGGACCACCGGCAUUUCCGAAACCAUUUUCGAGCUUGGCAACCUCACAUACAAGAUGGUCGACGUGGGUGGCCAGCGGUCAGAACGAAAGAAGUGGAUACACGUCUUUGACAAUGUCCAAGUAGUGCUGUUCCUCGUCGCUAUCAGCGGCUACGACCAUGUCCUUGUUGAGGACCGCAACGGCAAUCAAAUGCAUGAAGCGCUGAUGUUGUUCGAGUCCAUUUCAAACUCAAAGUACUUUGAGAGGUCGGCUCUCAUUCUCUUUCUGAAUAAGAUUGAUCUCUUCCGAGAAAAGAUUGCAGGUGGUAUGAGCCCCAUCAACAAGGUCUUCCCCGACUACACCGGAGGUGCCACCGACAUCGAGGCGGGAAUGGAGUUCUUCGCGAACAAAUUCCGCAACCUCGUGCGGCAGCCCAAGAAAGAGGUAUACGUACACUACACCAAUGCGACAGACACGGAUCUUCUCAAGAAGACAAUGGCAUCGGUUCAGGACAUGAUUGUCCAGCGAAACCUCAACGCCCUCAUCUUCAUAUGAACACGAAGCACUCACACGCAAAGUGCACGCCGCACGCCGCAUGCCGCACGCCGAAUCCACCACCGCCCACAAGCGCUGCGAGCGCCGACUCCGAGUAUCCCGGUUCACUAUACAAGGAACUUCGCGGUCUACUUUCAUACUAUACCCAGGAUUUACUUUUUCUAUUUCGACACUGUACUACAACGAGUUCACGACAUAAUUCCGCACCUUCACGUUUCUGUAAGAGCAAGCGGGUCCACAUUAGCAGAGCAGAAUAGCGUCCGCAAGCCAGACGAGCGGGCAUUACAAAGAGGAAAAAUCACGUUCAGUUCACUGUUUUCAAAAA